UGUGCGGCAACCCUGACGCCAAGCAAAACAAAAACAGUACAGCAAAGAAAUUUAAAAGGUCAUUGUUUAUGCUAAGAAGCGGUUAUAUUUAGUUAUUUUGAUAGUUGGAUACGAAAAGAUGUCCUGUCGCUGCUUCUGCUUAGUGGCUGCAGCACUGGUGCUGCUGCUCUUCCACCAGCAAUCCUGUGACGCAGCCACCCAGGCGCCCCAAAAGACGGUGGUAAUUGCGGAGCAGAGUGCGCCGGCUGCCGAGGUGGAGGCCAAAAAGCCAGUCGUGAAGAAAUCGCAGGCAGAGAAUCCUCCGGCAGGACCAAAGGAUUCUAUGGUGGUCGUGGACGAUGGCGGUCCUGCUCCGGUUGCUCCAGGUGCUCCAGGUGCUCCGGUCGCCAGACCACCAGGAGAUGCCAAGGCAACGGAAGUGUUGCAGCCCCCUGGAAGACUUUCCGUGGAUGAUGUUCAUGUUGAACGCUCUCCCAUGUCCCCCGAUGUGGACUUUCCGGGCCAGGCUGUUGUCUACAUCCUCGUGGGGAUCACCAGUACUGCAAUACUGCUGCUAAUUAUGAGGGUUUAUAGGCUUCGACUUUCCCGGGCGGAGCGCAAGUACGGCGUGCAGGGCGACCGCGCCAACCAGGAGCUGACACCACUGCCCAUGGCCAUCGAGGACGUGAAUAGUGACGAAGAGGACCACACCCUGUUCGAGGUCAAUCGCCAGAACAUACGCAUAUUAUGAAAUAGCAGACACUUGCACACGCCAAAGAUCCGUUUGGUCGCACCGCCAUUUCCGACACUUCUCAGCAGAACUUGCCUUGUUUCGUAGCUAUUUAAUGCUUUGUAGAUUUGCGCUGUAGCUGCCAGCCAAUAGCCGACUAAGCCCACUAAUAACUAAGUUAUCUGCAUUUCUCCUACUCGCAGUUGGUUCAGGUUUAACGAAUCAAAAGGAACACAAAACCACUUGUGAUAACGAUUACGAUGAUAUGUAAGCAUGUCUUUAAGUACGAAGGCCGCUGGAGCCCCGAAGGCAUUAAAAAUCUCAAAAGUACCAAUGCUUUCAACUCGCCUCUGCGUCGAUGUUCCAUAUAAAUAAAUGUUAUAUUACAUGUA